GAAGGAAGGGACAGCAGGCAGUCCCCAGGGCGGGAACGGUGACUGGAGCGCCAGCUUUUGGACAUGUGUGCUUAAUAUGCAAAUACAGCAACGGGUUUGGGCAGAUACAACCUCACCUGUCAGUUUAGGUUUUUUUUAAAGUCUAGAGGAGCUUUUGUUUCAUUUGGAGCAAAGGGAUGCGAAGCACGUCAGCUUUCGCCUUACUCUGCAUGUAGAGCCACUUUAAACCUUGAGGGAAAUCUAGGUGUUUUUUUUAAGGGGGGCGGGGGGUGUCACGAUCGUUUGUGAUACAAUUGUUCAAGUGCAUGGAUCGAUCAAUCACCAUUCAAUGUGCUAGGCCCUUGAUCCCAGCCCAGUUCUGAUGAAACCCAUCCCAGGACUACUGUUCCUUCUUGUUCCAGUACAGACGCAGACCUGUUAGCAGUGGAAAAAAAUUUAAAAAAACAUUGGAUGCAAUUCCAGGAAAAUCUGAAUUGAAGUAAACAGGUGGAAGUUUCCAUGGUUCGAGUUAUGGAAUUGGUGAAUUGAAAAGGGAAAAUGCUGGAAGCUCAUUGCAGGUGCAGCUGGUGCUAAUCCUUAAUGAUAUUAUAGGUACUAUGCUCAUAACUUGCCGUCUUACAAGAGUGGUCCUCUUCCAGCUCCUCAUCUACCUAGUGGAUCGGGGGUUUACCAGAAAUGUCAACUUUCAUAAUGUGAGGCCACCAAUGUCCCCGACUCCAUUUCCAAACAGUUUCAAGUGCUUUACUUGCAACAAUGCUUUGGACAAUUAUGAGUGUAACAGAUGGGCUGAAGACAAAUGGUGUCCUCAACAUACAGAGUAUUGCCUUACAGUCCACAGAUUUACAAGCCAUGGCAGGAGUGAAUCAGUCUCGAAAAGAUGUGUUUCAAAGGAGGAAUGUUAUUCAGUUGGCUGCCAUCACAUCAGGAAGUUUGGUCAUAUGGAGUGCACUUCCUGUUGUGAAGGGAUGAUCUGCAACAUCGAAGUGCCAACGAACCACACAAAUGCAGUGCUCGUGGUUAAAAAGCCCCACAGGUUCUCUUCAUCUGCCAGCAAUAGGAUGUUAAGCAUACCCUGGAUCACAGUAGCACUGCUAGUUAUUCUCUUGGUAUGAUAAAAAGCAACCGGAGACAAGUGAAGUUGAUUUUUCUAAUGCACAUCAGCCAUAUUGACUGAUGCCACCUUUGGACUUUGGAAAAACAAGUGUCUUCUUCAAAAUAUUCCCAGAUAUUUGCACAGCCGGUGAGAGGUGCAUGCUGUCAUUUUGUCCUCUGACAUCACAAAGACUGUAUUUGGAGCUGACCUGAUGUGAGAUAUUGUUGUUGCAAUAAACUACUGAGCUUGGAUCAAUGACUGUUAAGGGUCAAAUGCGGAAGGUCACAUGAAGAUAAAUACAUAUUUCCUUUUUUUAAUUCUGAAUCAAUUUUUCUAUCUUCUCCUGAAAGUGUUGAUCAAUUUGCAAGAUGCAUGGACACCAUUUGCCUUAUAGCACCCUUGUCGAAACCUUGACAGUAUGUGCCUGCAAGCUAUUCAGUCGUGAAUUAUCAACAGCCAUUCUUACCUGAUGUUCAUGCACUUCCAGUGGGAGCUGCUGGACAGUGAUCUGGAACCGAAAGCUUGACCAUUUUUCUCCACUUUUACUGCUGGUGCGCUGAAGCCAAUUACAUCUUCCCCUAAAAGCAGUCCAGGUGUGAAUCAAUUAACUCAGGAAAGACUAUUGAUUGACUUCGAGAUCUUCUUGGUCUGUUUGAAUUGGCAAAUGGCUGGAUAAAAUCAGAGGAGCAGAAAUACAGAUUUUCCAUGGUAACUUUGCAGACAUUUUGUAAAAAUUUCUCAAAACUGAUAACAAUGUACCCUUCCCUCCCCACUUCAAUGACUGCAAUUGCUAUUUAUGAUAUAAGGCUAAUUCUAUGAUGAUAAUAUGGCGGAUGGCAGUUGUCGGAAGUAAAUUUCUUCUACACAAGAUAAAGCUGUUCUCGGCAAUAGGACAGAACGAAAUGGAGAAGCUAUAAUUAAGCCAUAAAAACAUAAAACAAUAGCAUUUAUAGCUACUUAACUGAAACAGAUAACAUGCAUAAUAUGUUAUGGUUGAAGGUAGAUUUUGGCUGUUUGUAAACAAUAUGCAAGCACUGGUUAGUGGUACCCUACUCCUUUGUGACCAAAAGAUUAAAUUGUAAUAACGGGUAAUUAUGCUCUGAAGUCAUGCUCUUUAUCUGAGGACGGUAUCCCCUGUUUUAAAUAAAGAACAAAAGAAAAACACAUCUGAAAGCAUUUUACACAAUAAAUUACUUUUGGACUGCAA